AAGUUUAGAACAGCAUGGCACAAAUUAAUGUCAAUGUUUUGAUAAUGAAUUUGCUAGUUUUUAUAGCAUUGCUCAUUACAUUAUUUAGUGGUACCAAAGCUAUUGUAAUAUGUGACAUUAACACAGAUAAGCUAGACGUAUGCAAAGCAGCAAUUAUUGGAAAACACCCUCCAAAACCAAAUACAAAAUGUUGUGGACUUAUUAAAAAAGCUGAUUUGGAUUGUCUUUGUAGGUACAAGUCUCUUCUAUCUGCACUUGGAAUCAACCCUACAAAGGCUUUGGCAUUGCCUAGAAAAUGUGGUCUCAAAACUCCACCUGGAUGUAGAGAGACUUGAAGAAAUUCUUGAGAAUCACUUGCCUUUGAAAUGGUUAAUUUAGCAUCCUUUACCUUUUUUAAUAAAUGAGUAGUCUAGUUUAAUUU